AUGCUCGGUCAUCAGUUUGCAUAUUCCGCGGCGCCCGUCCGCAAGGUGAAGGAGGUCCAGUUCGGUAUCCUUUCGCCUGAAGAGAUUAAAGCGUACUCGGUUGCAAAGAUCGAGCAUCCGGAAGUCAUGGAUGAAACUACGCACAAACCGAAGGCGGGUGGUUUGAUGGACCCUCGUAUGGGAACGAUCGACCGGAAUUUCAAGUGUCAGACUUGUGGAGAGGGCAUGUCGGAAUGUCCAGGUCAUUUCGGUCACAUAGAGUUGGCGAGGCCGGUAUUUCAUCCAGGUUUUAUCGUGAAAGUGAAGAAAAUCUUGGAGUGUAUCUGUGUCAAUUGUGGGCGAUUGAAAGCCGACAGCUCGGACACAACUUUCGCAGACAAGAUCCGGCACAUCCGGGAUCCCAAGGCUCGUAUGCAGGCUGUGUGGGCGUAUUGCAAAGGCAAGAUGAUCUGUGAAUCCGACGAGCCUAAAGAAGAUAACGACGGAAUGGAGAACGACGAGCCUAAGAAGGGGCAUGGAGGGUGCGGCGCCACGCAGCCGCUCAUUAGGAAGGAAGGUUUGAAGCUCUUCGUGCAGUACAAGAGGUCAAAGGAUGAGGAUGAGGAGGUGAAGUCUCUCCAGCCAGACAAGCGUUUGUUCCCUCCACACGAGGUUUACACCGCGCUGAAGAAGAUCUCGGAUUCGGAUCUUCAUCUUCUUGGCCUCUCUGACGAGUACGCUCGCCCAGAAUGGAUGAUCCUCACCGUCAUGCCGGUACCUCCGCCCCCAGUACGACCAAGUAUUGCCGUGGACGGUGGCACUAUGCGAAGCGAAGAUGAUCUCACUUACAAGCUGGGUGAUAUCAUCAAGGCUUCUGCGAAUGUCCGGCGAUGCGAACAGGAGGGUGCGCCAGCCCACGUUAUCACUGAGUUCGAACAGCUACUCCAGUUCCACGUUGCGACGUACAUGGACAAUGAUAUUGCUGGAAUUCCGCAGGCUCUCCAGAAAUCCGGACGGCCUGUAAAAGCCAUCCGUGCCCGUCUCAAAGGCAAGGAAGGCCGACUCCGUGGUAACUUGAUGGGGAAGCGCGUCGAUUUCUCUGCCCGUACGGUUAUCACUGGCGAUCCCAACUUGGAGUUGGACGAGGUUGGUGUGCCCAAGAGUAUAGCAAUGAACUUGACGUUCCCUGAGCGCGUUACGCCAUACAAUAUUGCAUAUUUGCAGGAACUUGUAAGGAACGGACCUACGGCGUAUCCUGGCGCCCGAUACGUCGUGAGGGACACUGGUGAACGUAUCGAUCUGAGGUACAACAAGCGUGCAGACGCAUUCUUGCAGUACGGUUGGAUUGUUGAGCGCCAUCUGAAGGACGGAGACUUCGUUCUAUUCAACCGGCAGCCUAGUCUGCACAAGAUGAGUAUGAUGAGUCAUCGUGUCAAGCUCAUGCCCUAUUCAACUUUCCGCCUAAAUCUCUCUGUGACGCCGCCUUACAAUGCCGACUUCGACGGUGAUGAGAUGAACAUGCACGUGCCCCAGAGCGAGGAGACUCGAGCAGAGCUCAGUCAGAUAGCGUGGGUACCUCGCCAGAUUAUCACCCCUCAAGCGAACAGGCCAGUUAUGGGUAUCGUGCAGGACGCCCUGUGCGGUGUCCGGAAAUUCACUCUGCGUGAUACGUUCCUUGAUUGGAAUCAGGUGCAAAACAUCCUCUUGUGGGUGCCAGACUGGGAUGGUACUGUGCCAGUACCUGCCAUCAUCAAGCCCAAACCUCUGUGGACGGGCAAACAGAUCCUCAGUUUGUGCAUUCCCCGCGGCAUCAAUAUUUUCCGUUCCCCCGAUCCGAAAUCAUCGAACCCAGUCUUUGAUGACGGUAUGAUGAUUGAGAACGGCGAGAUCAUCUUUGGCAUCGUGGAGAAGAAGACGGUUGGUGCGACGCAGGCCGGUCUCAUUCACGUUGUUUUUCGCGAGAAGGGACCGGAGGCGACUCGGCAGUUGUUCACGGGCCUUCAAACGGUGGUCAACUUUUGGUUGUUCCACAAUGGGUUUAGCAUUGGGAUUGGAGAUACCAUCGCAGAUCGGAAGACGAUGGAGCACAUCACGGACCAGAUUGCUAUCCGCAAGGUCAAUGUCACACAGGCGAUUGACGAUGCUGCGCACGACCGACUCAAGGCGGCACCGGGUAUGACCAUCCGAGAGUCGUUCGAAAGUCGAGUCGUUCGUGAGCUCAACAUGGCCCGUGACCAAACGGGCAAGUAUGCACUGGAGCAUGUCAAGGAAGACAACAACGUGAAACAGAUGGUCACGGCUGGUUCCAAAGGUUCCUUCAUCAACAUGUCGCAGAUGUCAGUUUGUGUUGGUCAGCAAGUUGUCGAGGGGCAACGUAUUCCUUUCGGCUUCCGGCAUCGCACACUGCCUCACUUCACGAAGGAUGAUUUCAGUCCUGAAGCACGGGGUUUCGUGGAGAAUUCGUACCUUCGCGGCUUGACUCCUCAGGAGUUCUUUUUCCACGCGAUGGCAGGACGAGAGGGUCUCAUUGACACAGCCGUCAAGACUGCCGAGACAGGUUACAUUCAGCGUCGUUUGGUCAAGGCCCUCGAGGAUGUCAUGGUGUGCUACGACGGGACCGUUCGGAACUCGCUCGGGGAUCUCAUCCAGUUCGUGUAUGGCGAAGACGGCAUGGACGGCGCGUUCAUUGAGCGUCAGCAGCUCGAGACUUACAAUCUCAACAAUCGCGAAUUCGAGCACGACUACCGCGUUGAUGUCACGGAUCCCUCGGGUGGCUUCCUUCCUGGUGUGCUACAAGUUGGCUUGGACGACAGCUCACUUGAGCUCCAGGCGAAAUUGGAUGAGGAGUUCGCCCAACUUGUAGAAGAUCGGCGACUACUCCGCGAAUUUGUCUUCCGUGGAAUGGAUCCAACCCUCACCCACUAUCUGCCCGUUAAUCUCCAGCGGAUCGUACAAAACGCGAUGCAGAUCUUCCACAUCGAUCGUAGAAAGCCCAGUGAUCUUGAGCCAGCGUACAUCGUUGAAGCAGUCCGGGAUUUGGCAGAGCGGCUAGUUGUAGUGCGGGGUAUCAACGCGGUCGCAAAGGAGUCACAGGACAAUGCGACUUUGAUGUUCCGUAUACACCUCCGUGCCACGUUCGCUGCUCGCCGUGUCUUGGAGAAAUUCCACCUUAACCGCGAAGCGUUCGAGUGGGUGCUGGGCGAGAUCGAAUCAAAGUUCAAUCAGUCACUGGCGCAUCCUGGUGAAAUGUGUGGAACGUUGGCCGCACAGUCGAUUGGAGAGCCCGCCACGCAGAUGACGUUGAAUACGUUCCACUACGCCGGUGUUUCUAGCAAGAACGUUACCCUCGGUGUUCCGCGGUUGAAGGAGAUCAUCAAUGUAGCGACGAACGUUAAGACUCCGUCACUUUCCGUCUAUCUCCAACCGGAGAUCGCGAAGGUAGACGUUCUGGCGAAGAAGGUACAGCAGGAGCUUGCCUUUACUUCGUUGCGCACCGUCACUGCGGCUGUGGAAAUAUGGUAUGAUCCCGAUCCAAGCUCAACAAUCAUCGAGGAAGACAGUGUUUUCGUCGAGUCCUUCUUCGCUAUUCCCGACGAGGAAGUUGAAUCCAAGCUACAUCUGCAGUCCCCUUGGUUGCUGCGAUUGGAACUGGACCGUGCGAAGAUGAUUGAUCGCAAGUUGACGAUGCCCUAUGUCGCCGGACGCAUUGCAGAGAGCUUCAAGACCGACCUCUUCGUUAUCUGGAGCGAGGACAACUCAGAGAAACUCAUCAUUCGUUGCCGUGUAUUGGGUGGAGCCGAAAAGGAUGAAGAUGGCAUGGGGACUGUUGAAGAAGACAUUUUCCUGCGUCAGCUGGAGAAUACCAUGCUGAAUUCCAUCAGUCUUCGUGGAGUGCCGGGCAUCCAACGCGUUUUCCUGAUGGAGCAUGACAAAGUUGUCAUAACUCCGGAAGGCAGCAUUGAGGCUCGUGCCGAGAAAGAAUGGGUCCUUGAAACGGAUGGUGUCAAUCUGAAGACGGUGAUGUGUAUCGACGGCGUCGAUUACAAGCGGACGUAUUCGAACAGUUGCGUGGAGAUCUUCAACGUCCUUGGCAUUGAAGCUGCUCGUGCGGCGAUCAUGCGAGAACUUCGGGGGGUCAUCGAGUUCGACGGCUCGUAUGUCAACUAUCGUCACCUGGCGCUCCUUUGCGAUCUCAUGACGCACCGGGGAACGCUCAUGGCUAUCACACGCCAUGGUAUCAACCGAGCGGAUACUGGAGCACUAAUGAGGUGUUCAUUCGAGGAGACUGUAGAGAUCCUCAUGGAAGCUGCUGCAGUUGGCGAGAAGGAUGAUUGCCACGGAAUUGCGGAGAAUGUUAUGUUCGGCCAGAUGGCACCCAUGGGUACUGGUGCAUUCGACGUCGCGCUCGACAUCGACAUGUUGAAGGAUGUCAUCGUUGAUCACCGCUUACCUGUGCAGAACAUGCUGGCUGGUCAGGUCGAUGGUGGUGUCACGCCAGGCCAAGUUGCAAUGACUCCAUAUGACAGCAAUUCGCCCAUGUGGCAAGACAGUUCCUUCAAAGGAGAGGCCGCAGUUUUCACCCCGCUCGCUGUCCAUGGAGGAGAAGAUGCAGCAAGCUUCUCAUACACCGGUUUUGGUGUGAGUCCCAGGGGUGCAGGAGGUAUGUCGCCUGCAGCGCCAGGUUACAGCCCGAGCUCUCCCAACGUCUAUUCUCCGACAUCCCCCUACGUUCCCCCUUCGCCGUAUGGCGGAGCAACAUCGCCUUUCGGUACUUCGCCGUACGCGACAUCACCGUUUUACGAUCCUGCUCGCGGGCCGACGUCACCCACCUAUUCGCCCACGUCGCCAGCUCUUAACCUCACGUCGCCAGGAUACUCGCCAACGAGCCCGCGUUACUCUCCUACUUCACCGUCAUUCUCACCGACGUCCCCAAGAUAUAGCCCCCAAUCACCGUCCUUUAGUCCCACGUCGCCCCGUUACUCACCUACGAGCCCCUCGUUCAGUCCGGCGUCGCCGCGCUACUCACCAAGCAAGUGCCUCAUUCUAUGCUAUUCUGGAUGUUUCACUAACCCUUUUUGUACCCGUGUCUUCUAUUGUAUCAGCUUCCCCGGCUCAGAUGUCUCCAUCAUCCCCGAAAUACUCACCGACCUCCCCGGCGUCUCCAUCGUCCCCCAAAUACUCCCCUACUUCACCGGCAUAUUCACCGGCAUCUCCUGCCUAUUCACCGGCAUCACCGGCAUACAGUCCGACUUCGCCACAAUGGUCGCCAUCCAGCCCUGCGCAGCAGCAGCCGCCGCCGCCACAGAACGGAACUACUACUCGCAGCCACUCUUACAGCACUUCACCUUCAUGGGACUGAGAUUGGGGUCCAUCGAUCGUGUUUUGAAUUAUUUUGUGGUGAACGUUAUACUCGCUCUACGCUCUUGUUUGACCCUACUAUUAUUCCAUGCGCCGCACUCGUAUCUAGCUCUCAUCCCGCAAGCUUGUAGAUUAAUGACAUUCAUAUACAUAUCACCUGAUAUCAUCGCGUUUUACCACAUACUCGUCCUUCGAAGCCGGGAAGACGAUCCGUAA